GGGGCCACGCGCGCCAUGGCGCCCCGUUCCCCCCCCCCCCCCCUCCGCUCCCCGGCUUUGCCCCGCCCCGCGGCCUGCCCGCGCCGGCCCCCGCCGCCCCCCAGCCAGCGCCGCGCUCCGCCGGGGCCGGGGAGAGGCGGGGGGGAAGCUGCUGGCCAAGGUCCUGCCGGCGCGGCCGGAGGGAGCGGCCCGCAGCUGGUGGGAGCCUUCACAUCCCCCUCCCGUGGCCCGUGUGCCGGGGGAGCGCUCCUCGAGGCGCUGCCGCUCGGGUCGGGAAACUCCGUUCUCACGUGGUGGCCGCGGUCCUUGUGCUGUGGUCUCCGCGGUGAGAGCGAGGGAUGCGAGCAGGAUCCGGUGUGGGGGAUCCUGCAGCACGGGUGCUGGAAACGCAGCCGUACUUUCCUGUAUCUGAAGUUCCUGGUAGUGUGGGCCCUGGUACUGUUGGCAGAUUUUGUCCUGGAGUUCAGAUUUGAGUAUCUGUGGCCAUUCUGGCUCUUCAUCAGGAGUGUUUACGAUUCCUUCAGAUACCAGGGUUUGGCCUUUUCAGUAUUUUUUGUUUGUGUAGCAUUCACGUCAAAUAUAAUAUGUCUGCUCUUCAUACCAAUACAAUGGCUGUUUUUUGCUGCCAGCACCUAUGUUUGGGUACAGUAUGUCUGGCACACAGAGAGGGGUGUGUGCUUGCCAACAGUAUCACUGUGGAUACUUUUUGUUUAUAUCGAAGCAGCCAUUAGAUUUAAAGAUCUAAAAAAUUUCCAUGUAGACCUUUGUCGUCCAUUUGCAGCACACUGUAUUGGCUACCCUGUUGUGACUUUGGGCUUUGGCUUUAAAAGUUACGUCAGCUACAAAAUGCGUUUAAGAAAACAAAAAGAAGUGCAGAAAGAGAAUGAGUUCUACAUGCAGCUUCUCCAGCAAGCUCUGCCCCCAGAACAGCAGAUGCUACAAAGGCAAGAGAGGGAGGCAGAGGAAGCAGCCAAAGGAUUAUCUGAUAUGGAUUCCUCGAUACUAUUGCAGCACAAUGGAGGCAUUCCAGCCAAUAAAAAAUUAUCUGCAACGUUGCCAGAGCUAGAAUAUAGAGAAAAAGGGAAAGAAAAGGACAAGGAUGCGAAGAAACACAACCUUGGGAUAAAUAACAAUAUUUUGCAACCUGUAGACUCUAAAAUACAAGAAAUUGAAUAUAUGGAAAACCAUAUCAAUAGUAAAAGAUUAAAUAAUGAUCUUGUGGGAAGUACAGAAAACCUCUUAAAAGAGGACUCAUGCACUGCCUCAUCCAAAAAUUACAAAAACGUCAGUGGAGUGGUGAACUCCUCACCUCGCAGCCACAGUGCAACGAAUGGGAGCAUCCCCUCCUCAUCUGCUAAGAAUGAGAAAAAGCAGAAGUGUGCCAGCAAGAGCCCAAGCACACACAAGGACUUAAUGGAAAACUGUAUUCCUAAUAACCAGCUAAGCAAACCAGAUGCACUGGUAAGGUUGGAACAAGAUAUUAAGAAGUUAAAGGCUGACCUGCAGGCGAGCAGGCAGAUCGAGCAGGAGCUCCGCAGUCAGAUCAGUUCUCUGACCAACACAGAGCGGGGGAUUCGGUCCGAGAUCGGGCAGCUCCGCCAGGAAAAUGAGCUGCUUCAGAACAAAUUACACAAUGCUGUACAAAUGAAACAAAAAGACAAACAAAUGAUCAGCCAGUUGGAGAAGAAGCUGAAGGCAGAGCAGGAGGCACGAGCCUUUGUAGAAAAACAGUUAAUGGAAGAAAAGAAAAGAAAGAAGUUGGAAGAAGCAACUGCUGCACGUGCUGUGGCAUUUGCUGCUGCUACAAGAGGAGAAUGUACUGAAACUUUACGGAACCGUAUCCGGGAGCUGGAGACAGAGUGCAAGAAGCUAACAAUUGACAUAAAGCUGAAAGAAGAUCAGAUACGAGAACUAGAACUGAAAGUUCAGGAGCUGCGAAAGUACAAGGAGAAUGAGAAGGAUACAGAGGUGUUAAUGUCAGCACUUUCAGCCAUGCAGGAUAAAACACAGCACUUAGAGAACAGCCUGAGCGCAGAGACAAGGAUCAAGCUGGAUCUGUUCUCUGCAUUAGGAGAUGCAAAACGGCAGCUUGAGAUUGCCCAAGGGCAAAUAAUUCAAAAAGAUCAGGAAAUCAAGGACCUAAAACAGAAGAUUGCAGAAGUCAUGGCAGUAAUGCCCAGCAUAACAUACACUGCAGCCACCAGCACUCUGAGUCCGGUUUCCCCACAUUACUCUUCCAAAUUUGUGGAGACCAGCCCUUCUGGACUUGACCCCAAUGCCUCUGUUUAUCAGCCCUUGAAGAAAUGAAUGCCAAUUUUCUUUUUGCCCAGUAAUUUUGUCAUGCUGAAGGCAUCACACAGGAGUGUCUCUUGCAGUCAAGAUGAAGUUGUAUUGUGUGAGACUGUAUUUGUUGUCAUUUAAAACAGGAUAAAAGAACAUCUGGAUUGACUAGAACUGCCCAUCGGUUUUUCUUGUAAAGUUUUAGAAAACCUCACAGAACUUUGCAAUUUAUUUUCCUUGGCCAAUGCAUUAAAAACAAUUCUUGGUUUUCAAGUAGCCAAUUUUGCCUUUUUAUGUACUCUUGCAUGGUUUCCUCUUGAAAAACACAGGGCUUUGCUUGAUUUUGAACCCUUUCUGCUUUUUGGGUUGUUUUUUUUUUAAUAAGUUGAAUUUGCAGAUUUGUUCAGGAAUAGUGAGGAAAAAACCUUUAGUUUUUACAGUGAAAGGGUUAAAUAAUCCAACAAAGCUUUGAUUUAUAGAUGUAUUGAAUACAAAUAUGUGAUGUUGCAGAAGAUAAUUUGAUUACCCCUCAAAGGACCAAACAAAUUUCAGGGGCGUUGUUUAAGGGAAAGAAUAAGAGAAUAGCUGAUGAUGUGACGGUGGUUGUUGUGUGAAAUAUUUAUAUUCCCAUUGGUGUUUUUAGUCAUUGAGAAUUGCUAACAGUCUUGUUCACAGUGCCUUGGGAAAAGACAUUUCAAGAGGAAACUUGAUAGUUUAAACUAUUUUUUCCCCCUUCACUGUCAUCUAGCUUAUAUAUCAAAGCUCAUUACAGAGUCUACUGCAAAUUGUACAUGGUAAUUUGGAUGUUCAUUAUAAACCAAGGUUACAUCUUCUGUUUAUUUUGAUAUAAACUCAGCAGUGUUCUGUAAGUCGCCUUGAUUAUACUGCAUCAUGGAAGGCACAAUAUUCAUACAGGAAGCGUUAUUGUGAAGGCGGAGCUGUGCAAUGUACUGUAUACAAGAGACUGUAAAGCUGGCUAAUAAAAGCUGCAGUUCUGGGUUUUUUAUUUUA